CUCAGUUUUUCAUUCGUUUACCGUUCAGACAGUCAUUUAAAAGCUACAUUUUUAAGUUAUUCUAUUUUUUCUAAGUUUACUUCUACUUAUAUGAAUCAAUCGGUGAAAAUAAACAACGAAUGCAUUGAUAAAAGAAUGCAUUAUAUCUAAUAUAGCAUUAUUCUAAACUCAAUUCAGUUAACUUAUUUAAGUUUGCACUAGACAGUUUAUACCGAGGUAAUGUAACGAAGGGAUUGUGAAAUAUUAUUGAUAUUGGAUUAUUUAGAGAAAUAACACUUCAAAAGCUUGAUUGUGCUAUUCGAAAAAAAUCGCUACAUCGAUACUCCAGCGAUUUACAACAUGGCGUUUUUAUUAUGAUAUUGGUUAGGCUAGGGUACUUUAUUUAUCUGGAGUUGUUUAAUUUUAAACUGAUGUUAUAGCUAUCCUAAAGGCUAUCAGUUCUAUGUCUUCAGAACUUAUAGGAGAGUUGGGGCAGGUGGGUUUAAAAAUUGGGGAUUCUACCUCUGCAGUUACAGCUGCUCCUGACUGCUAUUCGGGUGAUGAAAAGAAGAAACCACGCUUGUCAUCUAGACCGAAAAAAUUUCGUCAGGCAUGGAUGAUGUUCGAUAUCUUUAAGGACUGGCUUCGACCUCAUACUUCACCAGAAUUUGCUACCUGUAUUGUAUGUAACAGAGUUAUCAAAGCAGGUAAAAGUGAACUUGAGAAACACGCUGCAGGUAAAAGACACCAAAUGCUUCGAGGUAACGUCCCCUCUACAACAACUGUGCUGAUUGGGCAAGAGCUGAUAUCACAGUCAGAACUUCCAGUCAGCAUCAGUAUCAAUGCUGAGGGCGGAGGUGCCCCGACACCAGUUACUGUAGAUGAGUACACAAGCGUGCAGUGUAUCGAUGCUGGAACAUAUACCAAUAUUUCUAGUGAAGGUAACCCAGUUAGCAGUACUGAAACAUAUCAUCAACCUGUACAGAGACAUCAUCCAAUAGUAGCUCCUCAACCGCAAGUCGAACUAACAACGAAGGCCAUCGUAAGCCGCCAAGCCCCACCAUGGAAAGCUACUGCUAUUGUGAAUGGGCAUGUCACUCGAUUGGACUUGGCUGAUUACCGAGGGCGCUAUCUGAUAUUUAAUCGUGUUUGUGCCAGUGAAAUAAAUGCUCUUAGCGAUCGAGUUGCUGAAUUUCGAAUGGCACAGACAGAGAUAGUUGCCUGUUCUGUUGAUUCCCACCUCUCCCAUCUUGCCUGGGGGAAAUUGUCCAGGCAAGAUGGAGGUGUUGGAAAUCCCAAAAUACCAUUACUUGCGGAUCCGACACAUUCUAUUGCUAAGGAUUAUGGUGUUCUCUUGCCGGAUAAAGGUCAUUCAUUGAGGGCAACAUACAUAAUCGAUAAAAGAGGUAUAUUGAGAGCUAUGAACAUGUAUGACACCGUUAUCGGAAGGGGAAUUGAUGAAUUAUUGAGAACCAUAAAGGCUCUUCUUUAUUCUGACGAAACGGAGGAAGCUGUUCCAGCUGAUUGGUCCCCUUCGCAUCAGGGACAGUGUAUGGCUAAUGUUAAGCAUGACCAAUCUGCGUUGAGUUGAACUUGUUUCACCUUCCUCAGUCCUCUUAGUAAUUUUCUAUCCUUCGUGUAUUCUAAGAAACUUUAUACAGACCAUUUGUAAGACAACGAAGGGAAAACUCUCUUUUAAUGAGCCAACCUGUAAAUAUAUCAGUUUUAGCUUUAUCUUGUACAAUAUGUUUUAAAAAAUUAUUUAUUAUUGAAGCAAUGGCAUGUUGAAAUACUAAUAUGGUGUUUAAUCUACAAUUGAAAAAAAAAAAAAAAAAUCAAAUUUGUAUGUAAAUUAUAUAAUUUUAAGCACUUAUUUCCUCCAUGCAUGUAAAUAGAUUAUUUAUCAUUAUGAUAAUAAAUUAUAUUUUAUAAAUAUUUUUAAUAUAUGCCUCAGAUAGGUCAAAUCAUGGUGUAUUUAAUUUUUAAUAAAUAAGGAAAUGUUAUUUCUCUGUUCAACUGUAAUUGUUUUGUGUGUUUUUUCCAUGACACAUGUCUCUUAUCUUUUUACUAAAGUAAUUUCUGCUCUUAACAUUAAUCACCAAGCAGUCAGUAAGUCGUAACCUAUUUUAUAAAAACAGCAUGUUUAUAAGUGGCGAUUUGGUAUGAAAUUCCUUCCAGAAAUUGAUGAGAUUUUAAGUUAUAGAUUUCUAUUGACUGUGCGAUGUAAAGCGUAAAGCUUUCAAUAACUCUGUUAAAUUUUCUUUUGAAGCUAAGGAAUCCAUUUUAUUCAUUAAUGUUUUAUUAUUUCUGCUUAAUUCUAGCUAAUCGUGGAUCUUAGGUUUCGGUACGUGGUUGAUCGAAAUUUAAAUGAAAAGCCUGGGUUAUAUAAAAUACAAUUAACAAUAAUGUUUUAUUAUAUUAUAGUACACUUAAAACUAGAACAAAUUCUUAUUUUCUUAGUUUUCCCUGUGAUAAGUGUCUUUCCCAGGUAUGCCUGUUCCUUCAGAAUCACCUAACCAAGGGUAUUUGUUGGGGCACUCUCUGCAAGUCUCAAGAUACCUGAAAAAAAAAAAAUUAUUGAUAUUUAAUUAUAUAACCUUCCACAUGAAUAUGAACAUCUUUAUUACUACAUUAAUUUCAGUUCAGUUCUUCAAUAUUGAUAACCGAGGAUGGUAACUCAAGUAGUAAUUUUAUUAGAUAACUAAAAAUGUACCAAUUUAUAUGAAGUUGUAUCCUUUCUCAGCUACAUUAACGAUAAAUCUCUUUUCAUUUAGUUCAUGUUGAACUGUUUUAAGGAAAUGUACACUUGUUUGCAUUUAUAUAUUUUUGAGUCCUGUUGAUGUCUAGAUUGGCAAAAUUGUUAUUUAUUUCCUAUCGUUGGAGUGGCUGUAGGCUUUGUUUUGAAACUUUUCAUUCAUAACGUAUCAAUAAUUAUGGUCUCUUUUUUUAAAAAUAUUAUUUUAUUAAUUAGUGAAAAUUUAUUAUAAAUGAUUUAAAUAAAAUAUUUAAUCCUUGUCAGAAUUAAAUCUGGUUUUAAUUUAUCUAUGAUAUUUAAUUGAAAUAAAAUAAAAUUUAAAUAACAAAGUCUAAUAUGAAAAUAGGAGCAAAAAAAACAACCUUUGGACAAAUAUUUUCUUUGUUCUCUCCAUUACUCCCCUUGCUCCCCACUAGGGAUGGACUGUUCCAGAGUGAAUGGUCAGCAGAACAGAUUCCACCAUCAGAACAAAACUAGAUCUUUAGGCGAUUUCGUUCUGCCAAAUUGCUAAAUCGUAAUGGAUUUUGUUCUUUUAUUUUCCUAUUGACCAAGAGAAUUUUUAAGGAACAUUAAUCACACAUAUACAUGAAAUUUAUUAACAAAUAAAGAGUUUAACGGUCGAAUUAUAUUUAAAAAUCAAAACAAAAACUAGCGAAUUUGUAAUAUAAAAUUUCAUAUACAUUUAAAAACAAAACCAGUAAAACCGAAAUAUAUCAAUGUCCCUAAAAAGUCAAGUUUUUUUUUUUUUGUUCAUUUCUAUAGUUUUCCUCGUUUGUAUUGAUUUUCUUCUUUCUUGAUAAUGUUUCUAUCAACCUUUUAAAUGGUUUUACUAUUAUGCAUAUCUGCUUCAUUAUUCUCUAUCUCGUUCAAAGUGUUGUUCGGAAUGGAGAAGAAACAGAACAAAAACUGGAACAAAUUCGAGUGGUGGAACAGAACUAGCCGUUCCGUUUCAAUUGGCAAUCAGAAUUGCCCAUUCCUCCUUAAUUGUCCCACAGUCACUUAGUUUAUGAGCACAUAAGUUGACAAGUCAUUGACAUUUAUAUUUUAAAUUUUGUGCAGGUUGACUAAAUCUCUUCAGAGGAUCAUCAAAAUGAAAGUACUUUAAAAGAGAUUGGGAUGGAGGAUGAGAACGACAAGCGAUGCUUUCAUAAACUUAAACUUCUUAGCUUUGAUUUAAUGUAUUAUUAAGAUUAAACUUCUACUGUACCUUGUCGUACUGAAGUUCGCCUCUGGUGGCUUAAAAGUGAGUGCGCACUUAUUUGGCAGGUUGCAUGGUGGCGGAGGUAGGUUGUCUUUCUUAUUACAUUUCCAAGGUUCGAACGUUGUCAAUUCCUUUGUAGGAUGGGGGUCCGUUAUCCAUGUUAAUGCUUGAGUAACAGUUACAAACCAUACAU